GUGAGCGAGUGGAAAAAUAAGGAGUAGUGGUGCAGAAAAUAGCAGAGGGAGUGGUUAUUUUUGUAUUCCUGGGUUUGGAAAUUGUUGAAAGACAGUAGGCAAAAGCCUGCAAGAGAAUCCUACACCUAAACAUGGUAAAGCAUAGGAUAUAUGCCACUUCUUAAUUCUCUUUUUCAACCUCAAUACCUCAUCUCUCUCUCUCUCUCUCUCUGUAAUUUCUCUCAAACCUCUUUUUCUUUCACCUCCACCAUCCCCUUCACAGAAACCAGUAGAUAAAGAGGGGUUGAGAGCUGAGGUGUAAGGUAUUGAUUUGGCAUGACAUUUGUUCUAUCGGAACCCAGCUGAAUCUCACAAAGGAUCAGACUUCCACAACCAUUUUGGGUACUUAUUACUUGUAUUGACUUUCCAGUCUUCUUGUUCAUGGAGUGGAAGAGACAGAGAGUAUUAAGCAGCUGGUCUAUGAUCAAGAAGCUCACCUCUCUUUUCUUCUUGCUCUCAAUCUCUGCACUUCUGUUCACCUCUACUUCUACUUGUACUUCAGAUUGUAGUUUUCCCUCAAGUAGUGCUAAAGCUGAUGCUACCAAUUUUCAGGGGGAGCAGAGGAUGGAGAAUGUGAUGUUGUUUCCUUUCAGCUUGGUGAGGAGGUACUUAAGCGGACCGGGGUCGUCCCCGCCUCGCUGCACGUCCAAGUGCGGCAGGUGCUCGCCGUGUAAGCCGGUUCAUGUGCCCGUGCCGCCCGGAACUCCGGUGACAGCGGAGUACUACCCGGAAGCGUGGAGGUGCAAAUGUGGCAACAGGUUGUACAUGCCAUGAAUUAAUUAUAUGAGUACGGUCAUGCUAUUCAUAUAUAUGCAUUGCUUAUUUGUUUCAGCUACAAAUUAAGGUACUUAGUUUCCAGGUGAUUGUUCGAUCAAUGCUUGCUAGCAUGUUAAUCAGAAAAAAGAGUUAUAUAUAGGGAUUUAAAUCUAUGUGAAAGAUAUAU